AUGGAAGGGGACGAAAAGGAGGUACCAGAGCAACCCAAUCAGUCUAUUGUAGGAACGCGCAUAGAUGAGCCUGUUCAAGAACCCGGCAAUACUCAGGGUGUUCCAGUUCCAUGUGGUAUUUCGCCCAUUGAAAGGCCGAGAGCUAUUGAACGUAUUGCAAGACCUCAAACUGCAGGAACUCAAAGUGCAAGACCCCAAAAUGAAAAACCCCAAAGUGCAAGACGCCACACCAGGACCAUUUCAGGACCAAUCCGCCGGUACCGCCAAAUUAUAUACCGCCCCCGCCCAGAUCGUGCCACAGCAAAGGCCAUAGUAAGCGAUACUUUUCCCGCAAUAGCAGGGCCGAGCGGUAUUCAGCGUAAUAAGGAAGAAGCCAAAAUCGAACCCGAACCCGUAAUCCAGUUGCCGCCUAAACCUAAAAGUGCGAUUGUAAUGAUGGCAGAACUCUUGGCAUUAGAACAAACCAAAAAAGUUGAUUCGGAAAUGCAAAGUGAGAAAGCAUUAAUUAAAAAAAGGCUAUUAAAAGGGAAAAUGAAAAUUUCCUCCGAUAUUAACCAUAUUUGGUGCCCUUCCUGCAGUGAAAUUGAGAGUGAUUCGCCUUGGAUUCAGUGCGAUACUUGUACUCGGUGGUGGCAUCAGGACUGCACGCUGUAUCGAGGAUCUGGCGAAUUUCUGUGCGAAAUAUGUCGCUUCUAA